GCCAGGCGUCACAGCACCGACAAGAUGGCCGAGAGUCCGGGACGAAAGUGAGGGAGGAAACAAAAACACUGGCGAGCUAUCCUUGCCGCAGAUGCCAGACCUGUAGAGCUCCUGGAGACAAGUUAGUGCAGAGAUAAACGUGGGGUGAUCGGUUUGACAGACUCGAGCCCGCAGCUGACGGAGCGUUUGUCUGGUUGUCUGCGAGCUAGCAAGCUAACCAUGCUAGCUGGCUGACAACACCGAUAACGAGAGAAUAGGUUUUCAGAAAGUGACACUGAGGUCAUUGUGAAAUAAAUAGUUGUUGCUACGUCUUUGUGGACUAAGAAUUGUUGCAGCAGGAUAACUUCCCGAGAGUGGGAAACCGGAUUUAAAGCGCUUUAGUCAACUACCGCUGUUAGCCAGCUGGUUAGCACGCUAACAUUGCGGAUUUCUUGUUUGCAGCUUCAGAGUUAGCAUUAGUCUGUUGGCUGGCUCAGCUGUUUUUUGGGGUGACUUAGUACACCAGCGUGUGAGGGAAGGACAUUUUUCUCUCUGCACAGAAGUACAUUAGACGGCGAGAGUUUCUCAAUAGGCCUGGAGGACUGCUAAUAGCCGGGACUGUAAACAUUAAGCCGAACCGACGAUAUCUCAGCCCGGCGUCGUCGGACGAGGAUUAGCAUCAUCAUGGCCCACUCUCCUGUCCAGGGAAACCUGCCGGGGAUGCAGAAUGCCAAGGUGGACCCGGAGGAGCUGUUCACCAAGCUGGAGCGCAUUGGCAAGGGGUCAUUUGGCGAGGUUUUCAAAGGCAUCGACAAUCGCACCCAGAAAGUAGUGGCCAUCAAGAUCAUAGACCUGGAGGAAGCGGAGGACGAGAUCGAAGACAUCCAGCAGGAGAUCACGGUGCUGAGCCAAUGCGACAGCCCCUUCGUCACCAAGUACUACGGUUCAUACCUAAAGGACACAAAGUUAUGGAUCAUCAUGGAGUAUUUAGGUGGAGGCUCAGCAUUAGAUUUGAUGGAGCCCGGCGCUCUGGACGAAACCCAGAUCGCCACCAUCCUGAGAGAGAUCCUCAAGGGGCUGGAGUAUCUGCACUCCGAGAAGAAGAUCCACAGGGAUAUCAAAGCUGCCAACGUGCUGCUGUCCGAGCAAGGAGAGGUGAAGCUGGCAGAUUUCGGCGUGGCGGGCCAGCUCACCGACACCCAGAUCAAACGCAACACCUUUGUGGGCACGCCCUUCUGGAUGGCCCCCGAGGUCAUCAAACAGUCGGCGUAUGACUCAAAGGCUGACAUCUGGUCUCUGGGCAUCACGGCUAUCGAGCUGGCGAAAGGCGAGCCGCCCCACUCCGAGCUCCAUCCCAUGAAGGUUUUAUUCCUUAUCCCAAAGAACAACCCGCCCACGCUGGAGGGCAACUAUAGCAAACCGCUCAAGGAGUUUGUCGAGGCCUGCCUCAACAAAGAGCCCAGUUUCAGACCAACUGCCAAAGAGCUGUUGAAGCAUAAGCUGAUCGUUCGCCAUGCGAAAAAGACCUCCUACCUGACUGAGCUGGUGGACAAGUACAAGAGGUGGAAGGCAGAGCAGUCUAGAACCACAGAGUCCAGUUCUGAUGAGUCUGACUCAGAGCAGGAUGGCCAGGCGUCAGGCGGGAACGACUUUGGCAGCGACGACUGGAUCUUCACCAUCCGAGAGAAGGACCCCAAGAAGCUGCAGAACGGGGAGGGACAGUCGGGGGCAACAGAGCAGACAAAAGACAUUCCAAAGAGGCCUUAUUCACAGAGCCUGGGCACAGUCAUCUCUCCUGCAUUAGCUGAGCUGAAGGCCAGACAGGAGCAGGUGAACGGGAACCCCAUGGUCCUUGACCAGCUGAGAGAGGCCAUCCUGCUGGCUGAGGAGGCCUACCCCGGCAUCUCCGACUCCCUGGUGGCUCACAUGGUCCACAGGCUCCAGAGUUUCUCCACAAGCAGGACGUCCUCCUCCUCCCCUUAGUGAUUGGCUCUCCGGCCCAGCUCUGCUCUCCCAGGCCCCCACCUCCCCCCCCAACACCACAGCCAGGUCAGAGGGUUAAAAGUCAGGGGUUACAUCAUUCAAUACCAGCUGACCACGUUUGGCCUCCCAUGUGGGGGGGUGGGGGGGACGCUAACCUAGCCUGUAAAAAUUAAUGAACUCCAAACACUCAGCGGAGGAAAACAGAAACUCUGGAGAGCUCCUUUUAGUCACUUACAAGAGGAGAAGUUCGUGGGGGAGGGGGGGGCAGCAGAACCUGUUGAAUCAGCUGCUGUUGACCCUGGAGUGAUGGGACAUACAGUCAGAGCGACCCGCCUGAAAAACAGCCAAGUCAGACUCUCUGGGCUCUGUGUAUGCCAGACUUCUCCAGCCUCACACCACGGAGUGUCCACAUGGAAUUUUGCUCAUCCAGGAGCUGAAAACGCCACCCCCCCUCACCGCCAAAAAAAACCCCGAGACAAGACUUCAAUCCCCCUCUUAAUGCAGGCGUCAUAUCCCCGGAACCUCUGAAAAGCAUGCUUGAUGAACCUGCAGGGAUAUUAUCUUAGUGUGCAAGCUGCGUGUGUGUGCGUGCUUGACUGCACAACAUGUGUGUGCAGACACCUGCGAGUGCGUUUGUGUGCGUGUGCUCUCGCGUACGUUCUAAGACUCCCUGUUUAGGCAAAUUGCAGCAUUCUUAAUGAAACCUCAGGUAAAGUGCUUUAAGUGGACUUUGUCCUCCGAGGCAGUGGGAGGGGGA